CGACUGCUCCUCUGCGGACUACAUAAGGAAGUAGUCUAUCUCCAGCACCAGACGCUGAAAUUCAGUCGUGCAGUGAUCUUGGCAGAGAUGAAGUUCUUCUGGGUUCUCCUUCUGGUGGCGGCGCCCUUCGCCGUAGCGGACGAUUCGGACAGCGAUGACGCUUCGCCGGACAGCAGCUCCUCGGCAGUUCAAGGGAGAACCGGGAGCAGCGGCGGAUUUACCCCCGCAGCCGCCCCUGCCCCUGCCCCCGCCGCCGCCGCGCCAGCCGGUGGUGCCCAAGGCAAUACUCGAUUUCUCGGCCUGGGCAACCUUCUCGGGGCUGGUCAAGCCCUCCUCGGCGGAGCCCUGGGCGCCAUUGGCAACCCAGGCUUCGGCGUAGGAUUCCAGCAAGGCUUCGGAGGAUUCGGAGGUUUCGGAGGCGGAUUCCAACCAGGCUUCGGAGUUGGGUGCCGGUACUCUUGCCGCGCCCCUAACGGCCAGUUCGUUUGCUGCGGCAACAGCGGAUUUGGCACCAAGCCUGGGCAGUGCCCGCCCAUCCGCCCCGUCUGCCCAGAUGUGAGGAACUUCGCCCCUCCCCAGCCGUGCAUCAUCGACCACGAAUGCACCGGUCUCGACAAGUGCUGCUUUGACACCUGUCUGGAGGAGCGAGUGUGCAAGCCACCUCACGGAAUCGGCGGUUUCGGUCGUUAGGAGGUAAAGGGCUCCUGUUAACUUAUAGGGUUCCUUCACGAUCAGGAAUUUUUCAGCAAAUUUACCUCUAAACCUUUCUUCUGCGAUGUAAAUAAUAAUUAUAUACGUAUGAAUUGAUAUGCAAUCAUUCUGCAGAAAUUAUAAUAUAUUACACUGAUGUACAUAAUUCGAAAUCAGAAUUGUUCUGCAAAAGUCCUUAUCAUUCUAACCUCUACGACGAAAUUAUCAGAAAAUUAAAUCAAUGCAUGUUUAAUGCACAUAUAACUGAUAUGUGCUCUGAUUAAACAUAAACCAUUAUAAAGACGAUGAUAAUAUAAUCACCAUCUUUCUACGAAUAUUUCUCUACUUCUAUCUUCUAUAAUGUAUAUAAAAACAAUAAAAUUAAUAUAAAUCUAAA